AUGUGCGGAAGGGAGUUGGAACGCGACACUGCGCUGAACGGCCAGAAGUUCCUGGCCGACCAGAACCGCGAACUGCGUGCAACCCUUUCCCAGGUUCAAGCUGCUCGCGCAACUACGGCCCCUCAACCCACAACCGGAAUCAAUACUGAAACGUCGGCUGUACCUCAAUCGACAACCUUGAAUCAAGUAUCCAGUGGUGCAAUCAAUGAUGGCGUGGCGCCCGGUACCGGUGAUGUGCACUCCAAGAACACGACCGAAGUCGGUGCUGCCCAGCUACAUGCGACCGUGGGUACGAGUCUGCCGAAGAAGGAAACUGCCGAACAGGACCGAAGUUCCCAAGGGACGAAGACUGUGACGACGACGAAGAGCUCUGCAUCCAAGUCGGAAUCUGCGACCAAGGGUUCAGCGUCAUCUGCGGCCAAGAAAAGUGCGGUCAAGAAAUCUGCGUCCAGAAGAUCCGCUUCCCGGAAGAGUACCAAGGAGGACGCAUAUUCGCCGUCUUCUGACCCAGACGACUCCGACUCAAGCUCAUCGGACUCCAGCGAUGACGAUUCAAUCUCCAGUGACUACAGCAGCAGCUCCAGCGACGACUUCGACUUGGACCUGACUACCUCGACGACGACCAAGGAAGGCACGAACGUUUGGCCGUAUCGACCUUACAUCAACUACAAUGCGGUUGAGAAGUUCAGCGAGGAUGCGUCCGUGGAAGAUCGCGUUGGUUGGUGGAAGAGGUUCAUCGAUAUGGUUGCUCAAGGUUCCUGGCCGGACAAGAUGAACAUCCGCCAGCUUCAGGGACGAAUGGCUUCGUCGCCUAGGGACUGGUACGCUCAGCUGCCAAAGUCCACCAGGCACAACUGA